AUGCCUCAAGUCACAUCAGAUCUACCAGGAGACGAUGUGGAAGUACGCGAACAUAACCUACCAUCUCGAUAUGCGCUGGCGGAUCCAGAUUUCGACAAAAGAGGAAGGGUUGAUCAUCUAUGUGGUGUUGAACUGGCAAACGAGCUCACCACAGGUAAACGGAUACGAGAAGGAUCUCUCACCUUGGAUGAAUCAAUUUUUGGCUGGAUUGUGAGUGGAUCAGUACAGUUACUAAGCAAGCGCAAUACUGAUAGAGUUUUGCAAACAAACUUUGUCAGUCUUGAGUCUGAGCUGGACAUUAGUCGCUUUUGGACAGUUGAGGACUUGCCUUUGAACCGAUGCCCUCGAUCGAAGGAUGAAGAACUUGUUGAGGAUCAUUUCGACAAAACAACCAUUACUAAGCCAGAUGGUCGAUACUCUGUUAGUUUGCCUUUCAAGACAACCGUUGGAACCCUCGGCGAGUGCAAAGCCAAUGCACUCAAACGAUUCUUCAGUCUGGAAUGCAAGCUUAAACAGGAUGUGGCUUUGUACACUCAGUACCGAGACUUCAUCAAAGAGUUCCGCGACAUGGGUCACCUAGAAGUUGCACCACCAGAUAAUGUCAGAGAAAAGAUGCUACUACCUUCCUCACCACUGCGUUCUAAAGGAUAUUACAACUACAAAGCUACGAGUUCUCUUUGA